AUGGCGCAUCACCGUCCCUGGAACAUAUGGAACAUGCCUAGCUUCCCUGACGGGAUGAAGGCUGGGAACAAUACAUACCAGCCGCUGAAACUGAAGGAGGAUUUGCUGUCCCCCUCUGUCUUCCACUGUUUUCUACCUCAACCAACAUUGGUGACCACUGUCUACCUCCGAAGGGCAUCAGGACUUCGCCCCCCCAAACAAAAAGCUCCAGAUGUUUAUGCCAUAGUGCGGUGUGAGAACGACACCAUCAGGACACAUGUUUUCAAGGCGGAGGGAAACCCAGAGUUCAACCUCAGAGCCAUCUUCUACAGGAGAUACCCCAGCACACACAUCUCUAUCGAGUUGUGGAGCAGAGGGUGGCUGUGGGACUCCAUGCUGGGAGAGGCUCGGCUCCAGACGGCUGAGUCAGAGAGAAGUCGGAGUCAUGUGAUCGAUCUGCGAGGCGGCCAAUCCCGGCCCGGGUCCCGAGGGUGCGUCUACGUCGAGACCUCCUCCAGCGUCUGCCUCACAGACUUGUGACAGCAUCAUGCGUUGCCCUGGUUACUAUUCCCUGACAUGGCAAGUGUCUUCCUCUCUGGUGGAAGUGGAUGGACAAACAGAAGUUUUGAUGAACUAAAGUUAGACUGUGUUAAACAACUAAACCGCUGAUACAUUUUGUAAUUAAAGAUGUAUUUAAGGCAGAUGCUAGUUGCACCUGGGUGUAUAUAGUCAGUAAUGCUAUUUGUACCUGGGUGACUAUAGUGAACAAUGCUAUUUGUACCUGGGUGACUAUAGUGAGCAAUGCUAUUUGUACCCGGGUAACUAUAGUGAAGAAUGCUAUUUACACCCGGGUGACUAUAGUCAAAAAUGCUAUUUGCACCCGGGGUGUGUUCUGUACUCUGUGGUGAUCUGCAGGUCGGAUGUUAGGGUGACCAUCUUUCACGACUCAAGCAGUCCAUGCAAAAGAAUGAACUGCGGCCAAAAUAUUUCCUCUGUGUGGUAUUAUAUUUAAUUAAUCGUAAGAACUGUUGUUUUGUUGCUGUUGUGGUUGUAUUUUUUACAAUUAUUUAUGUUGUUAAUAUGUUUGAAUGUCAAUGUACAAAACUAUAUUUGCAUUUGUGUUUUGAUUUUUUUUUCCUAUGAUUAAAUA